UUUAGCCCCCAUUUCACCGCGUGCUGUCUGAACCGCCUCUCUUCGCUUCAGCUCUUCAGCAGAGCACAAAUCUCUCGCUCUAUACAUACACAUUAACAUAUAGAUAUAGAUAUAGAUAUAUCUGUUAAUCUGCGAAGGAAAAUUAAAAGGAAAGUUAACAAUCAUGUCUUCCCCAAGCAAACGCAGAGAGAUGGAUAUGAUGAAACUGAUGAUGAGUGACUACAAGGUGGAGACGAUCAAUGAUGGCAUGCAAGAGUUCUUUGUGGAGUUUCAUGGACCCAACGACAGUCCUUAUCAAGGGGGUCUGUGGAAAAUAAGGGUCGAGCUACCUGAUGCUUAUCCUUAUAAAUCUCCUUCUAUUGGCUUUGUCAACAAGAUUUAUCAUCCCAAUGUUGAUGAGAUGUCAGGCUCAGUUUGUUUAGAUGUGAUUAACCAGACCUGGAGUCCCAUGUUCGAUCUGGUGAAUGUAUUUGAAGUCUUUCUUCCACAGCUUCUUCUGUAUCCCAACCCAACUGAUCCGCUUAAUGGAGAGGCUGCAGCACUAAUGAUGCGUGACCGGACUGCAUAUGAACAAAGAGUGAAAGCUGGCUCUAGGAUCUUGAGAUGGAAAAGUAGCCUCACAAAACAAGAUCGGAUGCAAAAUCGGUGUGUUUUGUUUCGGUGGAGAUGGCCUCCCAGUGAGAGAAAGUCAACCAAGGAUAGUUUGAUCCACCUGCAACAAAUGCCUAAGUAUUUAGUAUUUAUUACAUAAACGACUGGUAUGUUCAAACUAAAACUAGCUAUGGACAUAAGUCAAUUGAAUGCAACUGCUAUCUUUGUGUCAAGAAUGUAGUUAAGCUGGUGGGAGAAAACAUGUACAUGAAUACUAACACUCUUUCAUAUGGCUGAUAACACAUCUCCCCGUAACUGACUCAAAAGGUCCUGGUAUUUGAGAUGUAAUGUUUCUGUUUUGUCACAGAAAAAAGUGACGUGUAGUAUGUCCUGUAUAUAAAUAAGCAAGUUUUGGGAAUCUCUGGUUGAUCCCAGUUCAACUUAACUGGGAUGUGUGCAAUUUAAGAUUCAAUUUGGUAUCUUUGAUGUUGAAAUCUGGCGAGUAGCUAGUUCUAAAGUAAUAGAAGAAGAGGAUAUAGUGCCUGCAGUGCAAGAUGUUAUAAUGCAAGUUUGAACUGGUAGGCUGGUUCCUAAAAGCUAUGCAUUUUCCUAGUCAAAUUAAACUUUUCUUGUCAUUGUGAACGACGACCUUCAGUGACUUGAAGCCCACCUUCGAUACUUGCUUUGUGUAAUCAAUAUAGCUAACCAUUAUCUGCUUUGCUAUUUUGUCCUCGUCAGUUUUCUGUUGGAUCACCAUCUGCCAUUUUAUUCUCUCGAAUACAUACAAAUGUCAACUCCCUAGUUAACCUAACAAGAUCAGCAUUUCGCUUGCCCAUCAACUUUUGCUCACAGUUUUCAUUUCCCAGAGUACUGUGAGAGAUAUGCGAGACCAGAAGAUGCCGGAGCUGCACCAGAAGAGUCUAGCGACGAGGAGUUGAGCGAAGAUGGAU